AUGCCAGAUAAACAAUUCACGACUUUGACAUAUGCUGCGGGCGCCUCUCUAGCUGCAAUUACACUCGUCUAUGUGUUUGCGCCAACCUUCCUAAUGGACGAACAAAACUCGUCAUCCAAUACGAGGAAGAAAGGAGUGGUAGGCUUGGUCAAUACUGCCAAUGAUUGUUUUAUAAAUUCGGUGCUCCAGGCCCUUGCUGGUUUGGGCGACCUACGCAUAUAUCUGAUUCGGGAAACGCACAGAAGGGACUUGGAUAACUCAGAGGUAUACAGUCGAAUUGUGGAGGACCCGGCGCGGCAGGGUUUACCAGCAUGGAAAAUAGAAGGUCUACAAAAGGGCUUAGUUACCACGGGACUGAAAGAUAUUCUGGACGCAUUGAACGAAAGACCUUUAUACAAGAAAACCAUAUCUGCUGGGCCAUUUGUAACUGCACUGGAAGCUGCUUUUAAGCAGAGGAUUAGCCGGCAACAACAGGACGCGCAGGAGUUUUUGCAAGUAGUGGCCGAGAGAUUGAACGAUGAGUAUCAUGCAGGCCACAGGGCGAGAAACCAUGCAAGGGAAUUGGAGGCUGCCACUCCAGAAUUGCACUCAUCAAAAGAGGAAAUUGUAAAUGAGGAGGAGUUGGGCCAGCUUAGUUUGAAUGAGGCCGAGACCAGCUCUCCUGCGACAAAAGCGCCAUCAGAUUCUUCUCAUAACUCAGAAAAGGCAAGCUCAACUUUGUCACGAUCGCCUCAACAAGGCGGAGAGUUUAAUAGUGAAGUUGAUAAGGAAGAUGGGUUCCCAUUCGAAGGCGGUUCUGAGUCACAAAUUGAAUGUUUAACCUGUGGUUUCAAACCAAGGCCCACACAGACAACAUUCUGCUCUCUUACAUUGACUGUUCCUCAGGCCACAUCUACCACAUUAAAUGCAUGCUUUGAUGGAAUGUUUAAAACGGAAUAUAUUGAGGACUUCAAAUGCGAGAAGUGUAGAUUAUUACAUGCCUUGGAAACCUUCGAACAAGAAUAUUCUCAAUCGAAUUCUCAAAAAUUCAAGGAGAAGACUCAGAUAUCAAUCGACAAACUAAAGGCUGCUAUAGAGACAAACCCUGAAGCGGAGCUCCUUGAUGUUGAAUUACCAGAUUCGAGAUUUGCUCCGAAGCGAAAAAUCGCCAAACAUGUCCGUAUUACCAAAUUCCCAAAAGUCAUGGCGGUUCAUCUGUCGAGGUCAAUCUUCGACUCCAGAUCAACGACAAUGAAGAAUUCUGCCAAGGUGGCAUUCCCUGAACAGCUCCCACUUGGAGGUUUAUUGGACCGACGGAAGUACAAGCUUCUUAGUCUAGUCUGUCACAAGGGAAGUCAUCAUAGUGGACACUAUGAAUCUUUCCGGAGACAAAAUAUCGUUGCUCCAUUUUCAACCCCAAAUACUUUCCAACCGUCAGUGGCGUAUGCCAGAUCUUCAACUCAUACCCCUUCAUUACCUUCUACCCCUCAGACAAGCGCUACCCCAAGGGAUGACGGGGAUAACACUACCCUCUCAUCUACUCCAGAAUUAUUGUCCCCAAAGACAGCCUCCACCACAUCUCUUUCAAACACAAAUGGGCGCCAUUCGUUAGACUCUUCACUUAAUAAUAAACAUCUCUCUGGCAUUAAUCCAACAUCGGCCAGUUCCAUUGCAUCGUCGUCCAAGACAGCGGGUCCCACGUCAGCCCCUCAAGAUUCCGAUACUGGUAGCAUCCGCUCCUUAGGACGUUCGGCUCGGAAAACUCUCUCCAAAGUUUCCAGUACAAUCAGUCGAUCAUCCCCCGCUUCAUCUUCGCCGAACUUAUCUCCAUCCAAUCCAGAAAUUAGCCGGACAUCUUUGACAGAAACAGUUCGUACUAAGCGGAAAAAGAAGACGGUUGAAAGAUGGUGGAGAAUUAGCGACGAAAAGAUAAAAGAGAGCAAGACUAGUGAGGUUUUGGGCAUGCAGAAGGAGGUUUAUAUGUUGUUUUACGAGCUAGAGCGGGGAGAGGAAGAUUCAUAA